CGUUAAAAAGACGUGACUGUGUUCCUGCGGAUCACAAAGCACACUUCACUGUCAUAAAGAGAAGGAAGGCUGCCAAAAUAUGGUUUGGAACGCGAAUCUCUUCAUCCGUCUUGUCUAUUUUGUUUGCUGUCUUUUAUUUUUGACAUACGCAUACGAUGACGACGUUGAAGAAAGAAGCUUCUUAUUUCGUCGAAUGAAUCGUCGACGAACUGCAUAUUUUAUUGUAUCUUCUGGUUUGAGACAAGGUCCAUUGGGUCGCGUUUGUGCUGAUUGUUCGGGUCUUAAAUUUAGACUUUCUGCAAAAAGCCAAAUCAUCAGUAUUGAUUCUAACACUGGGUUAGUGAACUGGAUAAGAUCUCGUUCGAGAUUUGUGCGAAGAACUUCACUAUUUCGACAUACCGUUCAAAUACUUCGAAAUAAAAAAAUCAUUUUGAGAAUUACUGUCAUAGUAAUUGUGUUGCCGAUAAACUAUGGCAAUUCGGAGUUAUUGAAAUUAAUCGGAAGAAGAAAAAGGUUAAAGAUUCGUUUUAGACCACGGAUACCUAACAAGGCAAUCUUAUUGCAUAGGUUUUUACGCACAAUUAGAAGAACGUUUUCUAAACGCGGUAAAAAAGAUGCAGAGUCAUCUUUUGCUGUUGAAGAAUUACUUCAUGAUGCUUAUGAUAAAGUUGUGGCUAAAACUAAAUUGAGAUUGAGAAGAUUUUCAAAAGCGAUCCUCAAAGGUGUCUUCCUUCCAUAUAACAUCUUGUUUUCUCAACAUUUAUUGAAGAGAGUUCGCAAUAAAUUUGAAUGCAAAAGUUUAACAGAAACAAAAGCGACAGCACGGUACUGUCUUUCAUUAAAAUACCGGACAAUUAAUGGAACAUGUAAUAAUAUUCUCAAUCCAACAUAUGGUUCUGCUCCGAGCGCAUUUCGUAGAUUGGUACCCGCAAAAUAUUUUGAUGUCCUUGGUAUAAAUGAUCCUAUCGGCUAUCCUUAUCAACCUCUUGCACCUCAACUCCCUUCAGCAUUAGAAGUUGCACAAAAAUUUAUUAUUGGUCAAGUGAAUCAGCCAACUAAACAAAAUCUGAUUUCUCACGCUGUGAUGCAGUGGGGACAAUUUCUAGAUCAUGAUAUUGAUUUUACUGCUGAAGGCGAAGGCAAUGAAAAUUGUUCAAGUAACAUUAAGUGUUUCGGCAAAAUAUCUACAACCCCUCCUUGUUUCACCAUUGUGGAUCAAAAAAGCAAGACGUGCAUAAAUUUUACGCGCUCAAGUGCUACGUGUCUUGUUGAUGAGUUCGGCCGGUUAGUUCAUCGUGAACAAGAGAACGAAAUUACUGCAUUCGUUGAUGGUUCUCAAGUCUACGGUUCGACGGAUGAACUUGCAAAAAUGCUACGAAGUUCAGAUGGUUUACUUAAUGUUACAACUACCUUAAAUGGUGAUCUUCCUCCAUUGGAUAGUAAUGAACUUGAAGGACCACUAGGUUUUUGCGAGGAAUUGGGUGGAUGUUUUCUGGCUGGUGAUGCUCGUUCUAAUGAGCAGCUGAACUUACUAUCUAUGCACACGUUAUUCGUUCGUGAACACAACAGAAUUGUGAACGAGUUGAAAAAACUCAACCCAUGUUGGGAUGGAGAAAGGAAAUAUCAAGAAGCAAGGAAAAUUGUUGGAGCGAUUUUACAAAAAAUUACAUAUGAAGAUUUCCUUCCUCUAAUUUUGGGUCCAAACCCUCUCAAUCCAUACAAAUUAUAUCAACCUAAUGUCAAUCCAGGCAUCUUUAAUUCAUUUGCUACGGCUGCCUUUAGAUUUGGUCACAGUCUUAUAAGACCUACAUUCGAUAUGCUUAAUAAAAAUUUUGAUCCGAUAGCAGAUCCUUUACCUUUAAGGCUUGCAUUUUUUAAUAACACUUUGAUAAAUAAACUGGGAGUUGAGCCAUUUCUUCUUGGACUUAUUGCCAAUAGCUCGCAGUCAUUUGAUCGUAAACUAGCAAAUGAUCUCUUGGAAAACUUAUUUGUACGUCCUAACUCUCCUGGUUUGAAUUUAGCCGCGUUGAACAUCCAACGAGGACGUGAUCAUGGCCUUCCAGGAUACAACAGCUUUAGAGUCGCUUGUUUUCUUAAAAAUGCUGCAACAUUUGAUGAAACUAGCGAUGAAAUUAAGAACUCAACAACUAGAUCAAUUUUAAGUAAAUUGUACAACGAUGAUCCAGGGAUAGCUGAUUUAUGGGUAUCGUUGCUGGCGGAGGAUCCAGUGGAGGGUGGUGUUGUUGGACCAACUGCAAAAUGUAUUAUCCAGAAACAAAUGGAAGCUCUCAGAGAUGGCGAUCGAUUCUUUUAUCUUAACGACUUUGUUUUCUCUCGAAAACAACUAGCUGAAAUUAAAAAAUCUUCAUUAUCCCGAGUUUACUGUGACAACCUCCUGAAUAUCGUCUCUAUUCAAAAGAACGCUUUCCUAACUACAAAUCAAAGGAUAGCGUGCGAGCGAAUCCCGAAACUUGACCUCAAGAUGUGGAAAGAAAAAAAACGAGAGGUUGCUGUGUAAAGUUUUAACACUGUGCUGAGAAUUGAAGUCUUUCAAUCAAUUAGACAAAAUGGAUUUUAGCUAUUCAUUUACUUUUUUGUUAUUUAUUUAGCCAUUUUAAUUAAAUAUGAAUAGAUCAGAAUAAGUCAAUUAAUGUAGAUUUUCUAUUCAGGACAAUCAAACACAACUUAUAUAGAAACCAUGUACUUAUAAUUAUUAUAUGUAUUUCAAGGUAUAGCAAAGACAAGCAAAAAGUUGCUUGUGUUAACAAAUUGCAUGUAUUUCAAAUAUCUUAUAGAGUACUUUUUAUUUAUUUUCGUGUAAUCCUUCUUUCUCCGUGCAAUUUUCAUGCAAAUCUUGCGAAACAAAAGUUACUGAAAGAGAAA